GUUUAACUUUAGAUAGCUUACAAGUAAUCCAACUCAACAAAUUUAAAUGUCCGAUUGUAGAUAAUGAAAUAUUUGCAAGUUUAAUGAUAGACUUGCCAUUUAGUUCUCAACAUGGAGAUGAAACG